AUGGCUUAGUAACUGCAUUUAAAACCAGUUUUAAAUAAUAUGAAAGUAGGUAUAAUUCUACUCUUUCGAUAUAAAGUUUUUAAUAAUUAUGUUUACAACAUAAUAUUAUUGUGCUUUAAAUUGAUAAACAUGUUCGAGAUAACUGUUGGUGUAUUACUUUUAACGUUAAUUGUCUGGUUCGUUUUAAAAAUUCAGAAAAAUGGGAAAUUUAUGAAAAAUAUUCCUGCAUCUAAUCACUACCCGAUUUUGGGAAUUGCUGUGGACUUCUUGGGAAACACAGAAAAUAUUUUGCCUGUUUUACAAAGCUACAUAAAUACUUUUGGUCCAAUGGUUAAAGUAUAUGUAAGACCUGCAACCUUUGGUCUGUUAGCAACUGACGAAAAAUUUUUAGAACACGUUUUAAGUUCUAAUAAGUUGAUAGACAAAGCUAAACCUUACGAAUAUUUAAACAAUUGGCUAGGAUCUGGCUUGUUGACAAGUACAGGAGACAAAUGGAAAAUGCAUAGGCGAAUAUUGACACCCUCAUUUCAUUUUGCGAUUUUGGAAAAUUUUAUAGAAAUUUUUGAAAAUAACGGUGAUAUAUUAAUACAGAGACUUGAAGCAGAAAUACCAAAAAAUAGUUUUAAUAUAUACCCACCAAUAAAUCUUUGCGCUUUGGAUAUUAUAUGCGAAUCAGCUAUGGGUAUUUCAAUAAACGCUCAAAAAGUUGAAACCUCCGACUAUGUGAAAAGCGUCAAACUAAUGUCGAAAAUAGCCAUGGAGCGAACAAUUUUACCACUUCCUAAUUAUAUUUAUCCUCUUACCCCAAACUACUACAGAGAAAAGAAACUUCUUAAAAUUAUUCAUAGUCACGCAAAUAAAGUAAUAGAUCGAAAAAUAAACGAAUUGAAAUUAAUAAAUAAUGGCAAUGCUGGUGGAAGAAUUGGCAUGGAAGCAGAUAAAUCCAAAAAGAAGUUUGCUUUCUUGGAUAUGCUUUUAAAUACCACUCUGAAUGGGGUUCCAUUAUCUCACAGAGAGAUUAGAGAAGAAGUUGAUACCUUUAUGUUUGCAGGUCAUGAUACAGUUUCAGCUGCACUUAGUUUCACUAUAUUUGAAAUUGCAAAAAAUCCUGAUGUACAGGAAAAACUCAUAAAAGAACAGAAGAGAAUUUUUGGUGAUCUAAAAAGUGCUAUGCCUAAAAUGGCCCACUUAAAUGACAUGAAGUAUUUGGAAUUAGUAAUUUUUGAAAGCUUGAGAUUAUAUCCACCAGUUUGCUUUCUAGGAAGGCAAUUAAAAGAAGAUCAUGAGUGGAAUGGCCACCUUUUCCCAAAAGAUUUAAAUUUGAUUUUUUUAACAUAUGAUAAUAUGAGAAAUCCAAAGUAUUUUCCAGAGCCACUAAAGUUUAAACCAGAAAGAUUUCAAAAUAAAGCAAAUUUGAAUCCUUACGUAUACAUACCUUUUAGCGCAGGUCCAAGAAACUGUAUAGGUAGGAAAUUUGCAAUGUUGGAAAUGAAAUCAGUUAUAUCAAAAAUUAUAAGAAACUAUGAAUUACACCCAGCCAAUCCUGUUCACAAUUUGAAAUUAGUGCCUGAUAUUGUACUCAUGUCUAAGAAUGGAGUUUGUAUUUCAAUAAAGAAUAGAAAAUAUUUUUUUGUUUUUUUUUAUAUGAACAAUAUAUCGGCUACAAGUAGUUUUGUUUAUUCGUGUAUUUUUUGA